AUGUCUUCAAAUAAAGAUUUAAAUAUAGAUUCAAGGCCAGUUUAUAAUUUAAUAGAACUGGGUUUAGAAGAAUAUGAAGAUAAUGAAUUGGUUCUCAAUACCAUACAUGAUUUAAUACAAUUUUUUAAUCAAUCAAAUUGUAAAUGUCGUCCAAAACCUAAAUUAAAAGAUUUAAGAAUAUGUUAUGAAAAAGUAGGGUUUAAAAAAUUUUUUAAAAGAUAUUUACAAAUACGUGCUUUAGAAAAAUCUGAACUUGAAUUAUUCUUAAAAGCACAAUUGAUGGCUUUUGAAAUAUCAAAUAUUAAGUUAGAAGAAUCUCAACAAAAACAUAAUUUUCGAUAUGUCUAUAACUCAUCCUAUCCACUUUGUAAGCCUGCAUUUUUAAAACUUUAUAGAAUAAAUGAAUAUUUUCUUUCAACAUUACAAGAUCAGUUACAUACUGAAGGAUUAGUAGAAUGA